AUGCGCCUGCGACGCAGUUGCCGAGUCCAAGCCAACCCUAUACCUAUUCAAGCCAAUCCUAUACCUAUACCAACAACACCAACAUCUCCAUCUCCCCCUCCGUCACCGACUCAAACCAAAAGGAAACGUGAUCUUACCUCCCCGACAGACAGCAGUAGCUUUAGUGAGACCUCCAACUUUAGCAGCACCGAGAGAGCCCGUAGCAAACGAGCUCGGUCUGGCCACAGCGACGAGACAGAUGGCGACACCGCUGAGCAAACCGAUGAGAUGACGACUAGUUCCGAUUCCUCUGAAUCGGUUUCAGAGGAAUCCACGCCACGGGCAGCCAAAGCGCGGGGCAAGAACGCCACUGUCAAGAAGGCCCCUGCAAAACUUCAGCCUGGCCACAACGACGAGACGGAUGGCGAGAGCGAGCCCGACGAGGAGGCUAAUGAGAUCACGCCUAGUUCCGAUUUGUCAGAACCGGCAACGGAAGAAUCCACGCCCCGGGCAGCCAAAGGGAAAGCGCCGGCCAAGAACCCCACUGUCAAGAAGGCCGCUAUCAAGAAGGCCCCUGCCAAGAAGCCCGCUGCCAAGAAGACCCUUGCCAAGAAGGUCCAUUCCAAGAAGAGAAUCCCCGAGAAGGCACCUCCCAAGCAGACACAUCCCAAGAAGGCACGUGCGAAGAAAACACCUCUCAAGAAGGCACCACCGAAGAAGGCAACUGCCAAGAAGGCAGCCGAAAAAUCUGACAACUUGCAGGAGGGGUACACUUUUGAUGCCUCACGUCCGAUACCUGGCCUCAAGAAUUAUCCAAAUGCCGUCGAGUUAACAUCACAGUUUGCAGAUGUAUCUGUCGAAGAGAUGAGAAGCACGCUGAGCGAUCUGGGUUGUACAAAUCUUUCUUCUAAAAGCAAGGACCAGCUGGUCAAGCUUUGUGUUGCGUACGCACCACUAAAAUCGGCAACUCAAGAUGGUGGGCAUGGUAUUGACAUCCAUCCAAUCCCCGGCCCUAGGGGACAAACCGACCAAGUUACAGCGUCUCACUCCAAUUCCGACCAUGCGCACGAUGUGAGCCAAGGCCAUACCCCAAUCAGAACCCAAUCAGCAAGUGGACUACUUACACCACAUUCUUCGAAUGUGCUCGAUGACGCCCAAUUUCAAUCAGACUUGAACCGAAGUCCCUGUACUACUACUACAAGAGCAAGAGGGCCUCCUACGGAACGCAGUCGCCAUCAAGAAGUGCAGAAUGAAAAUCGCAAAAAAACGGCCGAGUCCACGAAAUCUCUCGGGCCAACCAACGAUGCAGAUGAGCAGAUGACUUUGGGUUCGCCCAACCCUGAAACUGACAUCGAUCAAGAUAACAACGCCAUACCACAUGACCCCGAAUCUCUUAUUACGGUCGCUCGUACGCUCAGCCGGUUAAAAAACGAUCAAGACCAGAUGAUGAGACUUCUCAAACAACAAAGUAUGCAAGUAUCGGCGCUCCAAGAGGAUACAAGCAACAUUCAACAGACCCAGCGCGAUAUUGCCGAAAAACUCGAAUCCAUUUGGGAUAAAAUCCAGGCAAACGGCCAAGAGAAGGGAGCGGAGGGAACUUGUCCGGCACCACUUGACCGCUCUUUUGGCAAUCAAUGCCCUCCUUCGCCUCCGUCUUCUCAGGAGGUAAAGCGCUGGUUUAGACAGCACGACACCCAAACACCUGAAGCGCUGAGCAUACCUAGUAACGGAGACGACUACGACGAUUCAGACCCCCAUUUCCCAUACCGUGAGGGCCCGGGCCACCCAGAUGCUUCGCCUCAACAACUUGAGAUCAUGUAUAGCAUGAUGUGCGCUCGAGAAAUGUACCGAUUCCGCCCUGACCUUACCGCUGGCAUCUCCGCUCCCGCAAACAUAUUUUGCUGGGAGAUGGCGCGAGAUACCUUCCUGGCUUUAGUAGAAGCAAAAGAGUACACCGGAUUACGUCCGCAAGAAAUAAAUUCCAAAUUGGUGAUGCAGGCAAUAAAAGAUUAUGCAAAGGAUCGAUUAAUGCGAAAAUAUCGAGAGAAGAAACUUUGGCCUAAAGAACACCAAGAAGAACAAGCCGCCAAACAAAUGAGGAAUGUGCGAAAACAUAACCUCAAACAAACUCGAAGUACAACUGCUGUUGAGAUCGGUGGCUUGGAAACCCUCUUACCCAUCAUACAGCAGUGUUGCAGUGACGACGAAACCGAUAACGAAAUUUUACCAACGUUAACCAUUGCAAAAGCCCAGCGACAAAAGUAUUGCAAAGUUCUACAAUUACCAUGGCGCAAGAAAAUCAGCUGCAAGGCGCGGUUCUUGCGCGCAAAGGAAAUCCUCCUCGUAUACGCCGACGCCCAAAGGAUCCCACAAUUAGCACAAUCGAGCCCCCCCAAUCUUUCACCAUUGAUAUAUAUGAGCCUGACUGGCUGGAAAAAAGGGGUGGGAUAA